CUUUCUCCCACCCCAGACCCCUUCUACUCUGGAGCACUGCUAGUUCCAGCCCUCCCCGGGGACCCCGGGGCAUCUGGGUGGGGUGCCCCAGGCCACAUGCUGCUCCUGGCACGGUGUCUCUGGGUGCUCGGUCUGCAUGGACACGAGAGGUCACCUGCAGAGGCCUUGGCACCCCAAGCCCCCACCAGCCGGCAGUGCCUCCCUGGCGACACUCCUGCCCAAAUACUUAUGCAACCGGUGAUAAGGCGACUCGGAGACCAUAAUCCAUCCUGAGUGACAGCUCAGCCCCACCCUCCCGCGUGCUUGCUGGAGGCCUAGUUGGUGGCUGUGUGGGGGUAGCGGUGGGGCAGAGGAGGUCUGGAGUGAGGGGCGCCCAGGCCUUUGAUGUCACCUCUGUCACAGCUGCCCUGGCACAGGCUCUGCCCCUGGACAAGGCCCCAAGGCCGGGCCAGUGGUGACUUCACUACUGUGUGGGGAGCAGAGGGAGUGAGGACUGGGGGGGACCGGGCCCAGAGUGGGGGCCGCUGGCUAGAGCAAACCUGAGCCUGACUGCUCCCCGCAGCACCCCAAGGGCCCUGGGGCCCCUGCCCCAGCCACACUGGAGGUGGACGGAGGUGCUGAGGACCCUAGUCUCUGCUCGGGCAGGUCAGGGGGCAGAUCCCCAGCUCGGAGGAGUCAGAUGAGAGCCCGGCUUCCUGGAGCCAUCCAGGAAGUGACCCCCGGAGCCUGUGGGGACACUUGAGUGAUUGUGCCCAACAAUGGACAAAGGAGGCUGGGGUUUCCAGAGCCCGGAUACCUUACACCGCCCAGCCUGCCGAUCUGGUGAGCCCGCUGAAACCUAUAAAGCCGGGUCCGCUGGUGCUCAGACACAGUCAGGGGCCAAAGACAGGCAUGGGGAUGCAGUCCGUCCUUCUGGGCCGGGUUCUGGUGCUGCUCUGGGCGUCCACGGCUUGGGCUGAUGUCCUGGUGCAGCCAGAUUUUGAUGCCAAGAAGUUCUCAGGCCUCUGGUACGUGGUCGCCAUGGCCUCCGACUGCAAGGUCUUCCUGGGCAACAAGGACCACCUGCUGAUGCCCACCACGGCCGUCACCGCCGGGGCUGGGGGCAACCUCAACGUCCACAUGGAGUUCCCGUGGGGUGACGGCUGCAACCGCAAGGACGCCGAGUUCCUCAAGGUGGGCGCCGAGGGACACUUCAGAGUCCCAGACUUGGGCUACCUGGACGUGCGCAUCGAGGAAACGGACUACAGCUCCUUCGCCGUGGUCUACAUCUACAAGGAGCUGGAGGGGGCGCGCAGCACCAUGGUGCAGCUCUACAGCCGAACCCAGGACGCGAGUCCCCAGGCCCUGAAGGCCUUCCGGGACUUCUACCCGACCGCCCCCGCGGGCCCUGUGCUGCGUCCACGCUGUCCCGGCUGCUCCGGGCCAGGCCAGCCCCGCGGGGCUGUGGGCGUCCCACGGCGGGAUGGCCCUGCGGCAGGAGAGGCCGGCUCCUCUGGCGGCCUGUGGCCGGUGAUUGCGUCACACGCGUCCCUGGGAUAUAAACCGGGUGCCGGGCAGCGGCGUGGAGAGCGCUGGGCAGCGAUGGGGGCCGGGCUGCUGGGCGCCAUCCUGGGCCUGGUCCUGGUGCAGGUGGAGGUGGCCGUGCAGGACCUGGACCUGCAGAAGUUCUCAGGCUUCUGGUACGAGAUCGCCUUUGCCUCGAAGCUCCGCGAACCGAAGGCGAGGAAGGUGGUGGCGGUGCUGGUGGAGCCGGAGCGCGGCCACCUGGCCCUGACCACCUCCUACGAAGAGUGA